CAAUUUCCAAGUUCAGAGUUUUAGCCAGUUUGAGUGUACCAUAUCCUUCACUUUCCAUGGAAAAAAACACCACCUCAAGAUCCUCUAUAUGCUGGAAAAUCCGUCAAGCAUUUGCAACCAGUCCUGUUUUCAGAGCCAUUCAUCGCAUCAAACACUAUUACCAAGAACCUAAACAUGUUAUCACUCAUUCAAAUUCUCCAUCAUUACCACCCUCCAUACAUCUCCCUCAAAACAUGAAGGCUAAUAACCAAGGAGGAGCAAUCCCAAUCAUGUUUGAUUACUCAAUCCCUACAUCCACUUCAAUGGUCCAUGGUCAGGUAUCAAAAGUUGCUUCUCCUCAGGCUGGAAUAUCAGAAAAAACAGGCAAAGUUGGUGCCAAGGUUGAAGCUGAACUAUGGAAUGUUCAAGGAUAUAGAGCUGGUGUAUUCAAAGGUGAGCAUAUUGUCAAAGAUACUAUAUGCCCUUUGAAGGAACAACAAACUCUUAGGAAGCUGCACUCACAACAAGAAGGUAAGAAAACACUAGAUAUUAAUGAUACUUUUACUGAGUACAUUCAACGUGCCAAGUACAGAAUCAGGACCGUGUCAAACGUUGGUCAUGGGAAAAACAACUCUGUGCCAGAUGAGACUAAUGGUAGUAAUGGGAAUAACAACAGGAUGGAAAACCAAAAGGACCAGUUUUCAGAUUUUAUUCAGCGUGCUAAGAAGAAGAUCAGAACUACAUCCAAUAUUGGAAGGACUAGUUCAUUGAAAAGAGGUUAAGAGUUAACACCGUGGACAUCGAACCAGGGAGCACGGUAAAGAAUGUUGAUCGUUAAUAAUGUUGGUGAGUUGAAGUUGUUCGAUGUGUUGGACAUCUAAUAUUCGUUAUUGGGUAGAGUGGAUUGAAAAAUAAGGCCCUGUUGGGGUUUGCAAGU